UCCAAACACCACCGGAGUUAAUUAACGGACAAUAUUAACAAGGUUAGCCAGUCCGGCAAAAAAGACGGGCGAAAAUGGCGGGAAAUGGAUGGACGGAAGUUACGCACACCAUCACCUUUCCUCUACAAAUCCUGUUCAAAUCUCGUUAUUUAACCCUAGAAUUCACCUUUCAAUCCAUCAAUUUCAAUCGAUUACUCACACAUUUGGCGUCAAAAUGUCGUGGCAAACUUACGUCGAUGAACACUUGAUGUGCGACAUUGAAGGUACUGGCCAGCAUCUCACAUCUGCCGCUAUUCUCGGUCUCGACGGUACUGUUUGGGCUCAGAGCGCUAAGUUUCCACAGUUUAAACCUGAGGAGAUGAAAGGCAUCAUUAAGGAAUUCGACGAAGCUGGUACUCUUGCUCCAACAGGUAUGUUCAUCGCGGGUGCAAAAUAUAUGGUACUCCAAGGAGAGCCUGGAGCUGUUAUCCGUGGAAAGAAGGGAGCUGGAGGAAUAUGCAUCAAGAAAACGGGCCAAGCUAUGAUUAUGGGAAUUUACGACGAGCCCGUUGCUCCUGGACAAUGCAACAUGGUUGUUGAGAGGCUUGGCGAUUACCUCGUUGAUCAGGGCAUGUAGACCUCAUGUUCGUUAUUCAAUAACGCCUUUUUAUUUAUAGUUUUCUUUUGGCUACGGGUAUAUAAACAAAAUCCAACGUGUCGGUUUUGGAGUUUUUGUCUCCGGUUUCUUGUUAUACUAUAUAUUGCAUCUACUACUACACAAGUUCAAUAACC